UGUAGUAGACCUUCUUCUAUAAGCACCAACAAACAUAAAGGGAAAAACAAAAGAUAAAGGCGCCUCGUCAAAGAUUAUUAAAGUGAAGCCCAAGAGAUUCUCUCUCCUCUACUUUACUCAUCAAACCACUUCCAUUCCCAUAUCUCUUAAUAUUUUCUUUCAAUAAUCAAAAUAGCACCAUCUGAAAAUGUCAUCAACAUCAAUCUCUCUCUCCCAAAUCGGAAUAUCAUCCUCACCACGUUCUAUGAUUAGUCUCCUCUUAAUAACAAUCAUUGUUUAUAGCAUCAGACCAGCUGAAGCAAGCGUAUGCAGAACCUCAUGCGGCAAAGUCCCAAUAAGCUACCCAUUCGGAAUAGACGACGGUUGCGGCAGCCCUUACUACCGACACCUCUUGGUCUGUUCCCAAUCAGGAAAUCUGGAGCUCCGAACUCCAUCGGGUCGGUACCCGGUUCGAACCAUAAGCUACGGGUCCGAUCCCCACAUUCUACUCACCGACCCAUUCAUGUGGAACUGCCAAGACGGUAACAAAUUCCGUCCAACAAGACCCUUUAGCCUCGACACGAGUACCCACUUAUCACUCUCCUCUCUAAACGAGUACCUCUUCUUUAACUGUAGCGAAAGCCACGUCAUCAUCGAACCCAAGCCCGUUUUCUGCGAGCGCAAUCCGGAACGGUGCGACUCCUCGUGCGACAGCUCAGCCUACCUCUGCCGUCACAUGCCGGAUUGUGGAUCGACGGUGCUGUUCAGAGGUGGUAGCAGUGAUGACGAUUUUGCUUCUUGUUGUUCUUACUAUCCUAAAGCGACGGAAUCGUUGAGGUUGAUGUUGAGGUAUUGUACGAGUUAUACGAGCGUGUAUUGGAGGAACACUGGUGAAACUCAGCCUUAUGAUCAGGUCCCUGAAUAUGGGGUUAGGGUUGAUUUUGAAACUCCAGUCACUACUAAUUGUCUUCGUUGCCAAGAUAUGAAUAAAGGAGGUGGAACUUGUGGAUUUGAUAUUCAUUCACAGGAUUUCUUGUGCCUUUGUGAAAAAGCAAAUGUUACCACUUAUUGCAACGAUCACAGCCUUACGCAGCAUAGAAAAGUAGGAGUCAUUGCAGGGACAGCAAGUGCAGCAUCAGUGGCUGGAGUGUUAGGAAUUGGAGCUGGUGUUUGGUAUUUGAAGAAAGUGAGAGCAAAAGCGCCAGUCACAUGUGGGGUACAAUCCAAUGACAACAGGCUUUUCUAAAGAGUAAACAUCAUCAGUACUCAACAAUUAAUACACUUGUUCUUACACGGUUUGAUUAAUUAAUAUUUUUUUAUUAAUUAAUUAAUUUUUGUUUUUUUAAUUCAUCAACCUGUAAUAGUACUCCAAAUCUUGAUGGAUUUGAUUUUGCCUUCGUUUAACGAUGUUCUUACUUUUA